AGAAAUUCUUGGAAAGAAUACAACUGAACCAACUAAGAAAAGUGAGAAGCACCUGGAGUGUUUAUUGACACACUGCAUCAAAGUGCCAAUGCUUGUUUUGGAUCCUGCUUUGCCAAGCAAUGUCACUGUUAAGGACCUGUCAUCUGUCUAUCCCCUCUUACGAUCUGCCAGCAAUAUCUUCUCAGUUGCAAAGCCAAAAAAUCCUUCUAUCAACGUUACAGUAGUUGUUUUUGACAGUCCUAAAGAAGCUGAGGAUGCUCAUUCUGGAAUGUUAAAGGAGAGCAGCAAACAGGCCACGUGGAGGGGCUAUUUGACUACAGACAAAGAAGUUCCUGGUUUGGUGCUAAUGCAAGAUUUGGCUUUCCUCAAAGGAUUUCCACCAACCUUCAAAGAGACAAAUCAACUAAAAGCUAAACUACCAGAAAACCUUUCUUCUAAAAUAAAGAUGUUGCAGCUUUAUUCAGAAGCCAGUGUAGCUCUCUUUCAACUCAAUAACGCUAAGGAUUUCCAAGAGCUGAACAAACAAGCGAAGAAGAACAUGACCAUAGAUGGCAAAGAACUGACACUCAAUCCUGCAUAUUUAUUAUGGGAUCUCAGUGCCAUCAGCCAGUCGAAGCAGGAUGAAGAUAUUUCCGCCAGUCGUUUUGAAGACAACGAAGAACUACGAUAUUCACUGCGUUCCAUAGAGAGGCAUGCACCAUGGGUGCGGCACAUUUUCAUAGUUACGAAUGGGCAGAUUCCUUCCUGGCUUAAUUUGGAUAAUCCUCGGAUAACAAUCAUAACACAUCAGGAAAUAUUUCAGAAUGUGAGCCACUUGCCUACCUUCAGUUCUCCUGCCAUUGAAAGCCACAUUCACCACAUCCCAGGCCUGUCCCAGAAGUUCAUUUAUCUAAAUGACGAUGUGAUGUUUGGGAAGGACGUCUGGCCUGAUGACUUCUUCAGUCACUCCAAAGGUCAAAAGGUGUAUUUGACUUGGCCAGUGCCAAACUGUGCUGAGGGAUGUCCCGGUUCAUGGAUUAAGGACGGCUACUGCGAUAAAGCCUGUAAUAAUUCUGCUUGUGAUUGGGAUGGAGGGGAUUGCAUUGGCAGCCAUGUGGGCAACCGGUAUGGUGGUGGUGCUGGCGCUGGUGUAGGAGUAGGGAACGUUCCGCCCUGGCAGUUUGGUGGAGGAAUAAGUGGUGUUUCUUACUGUAACCAAGGCUGUGCGAAUUCCUGGCUGGCUGAUAAAUUCUGUGAUCAAGCUUGCAAUGUCCUUUCCUGUGGGUUUGAUGCUGGUGACUGCGGACAAGAUCACUUAGAUGAGUUGUACAAAGUGACCCUUCAGAAGAAUGUGACUCACUAUGUCAUUCCAAAAGGUGAAAACCUACCUUACUUCAGCUUUGCUGAAAUAGCCAAGAAAGGCCUUGAGGGUGCCUAUAGCGAUAACCCAAUAAUCCGUCACGCUUCUAUUGCUAACAAAUGGAAGACAAUCCACUUGAUAAUGCACAGUGGGAUGAAUGCAACUGUGAUCCAUUUUAAUCUCACAUUUCAAAAUAAAGAGGACAAAGAGUUUAGGAUGCAGGUAACACUGGAGGUUGAUACAAGAGAGGGACCAAAAAUGAACGUCACUUCCAGCCGGAAGCCUGAAGAUAAUGUGAAAACUACAACAGCAGCGCCAGAAGUGGAAAUGAUAUUUGAGGAUAUCCCCGAGGAAGAACGUUUCCCAAGAAUUAAAAAACGUCCAAAUGGCACAGUGGAGAGUUUGGAUAGAGGCAUAGUGAUUCCACAAGUUGACAUGUCCGUCCUUCCUGAAGACGUGAGGCUAGCUCUGCAGAACUUAGAUUUGCAGCUGGAAGGGGGGGACAUCACCCAGAAAGGGUACAACCUGUCAAAGGCUGCUCUUCUGAAGCCCUUCCAGUUGUUGCUCACAAUGGCAGGAAACAAUUUCCAGAACACAAGGAGGAGGGAAACGUACAUUGGCUUAGGAGCUCGGAAAUAUCUCACAACCAGGCGCAACUCUUACAAAAGCAAUGAAGUUGGCAAAACAGACAUUGAAAGAAAAAGGCAUGAAGUGCUUCCACUGGGACCUCUUGGUAGCACUCUUGUGGCAAUGAAGGUGAACAGCUAUUUCCCUCUAAAACACAGCUCAGUGAUAAAAUCGGAGCUUAUACCUGUCGUCCAGAAUGUGGGUGAAAAAAAUGAGUCUCGGGAGAAAAUCCUUAAUGUUUCCCAGCAGAAUGAGACUCAAAAGCCAAAAGAAAUUACAAAAGAGAAAGUGGCAGAAGAAAAGAAAGAAAAAUGGGAUGUCGAUCGAGCACGUGCCGAGGAAGGUACAGCAGGAAGUCGAGCCGUACCAGGAAGGAAGCUACAGUAUUACGCUGGAAAUUACCCAGGCUUUUUGCCCUGGGAGAAGCAUAAAUAUUUCCAGGAUCUUCUUGAUGAAGAAGAGGCAUUAAAGAAGGAGAUGGCUUACUUUACAGAUAGUAAACUGAUUGGGAGGCAGCUGAAAGACACAUUUGCUGAUUCUCUCAGAUAUGUAAAUAAACUUCUGAACAGCAAAUUUGGAUUCACAUCUCGGAAAGUCCCUGCUCACAUGCCUCAUAUGAUUGACCGAAAAGUGAUGCAAGAAUUACAGGAUUUAUUUCCUGAGGAAUUUGACAAAACUUCAUUUCACAAAGUACGCCACUCUGAAGAUAUGCAGUUUGCCUUUUCGUAUUUCUACUAUCUCAUGAGUGCAGUUCAGCCACUGAACGUUUCCCAGGUUUUUGAUGAAGUUGAUACGGAUAUGUCUGGAAUUUUAUCUGACAGGGAGAUACGGACAUUGGCCACGAGAAUUCAUGAAUUACCUUUAAGCUUGCAGGAUUUGACUGGUCUGGAGCAAAUGUUAAUAAACUGUUCUAAAUCCCUUCCAGUCAACAUUACUCAUAUUAAUAUCAUACCACCAACACAGGAAGCAUAUUAUGAUCCUAACCUGCCUCCAGUGACUAAAAACCUGCUAACCAACUGUAAGCUUGUGACUGAUAGAAUUCGUAAAACAUACAAGGACAAAAACAAGUACAGGUUUGAAAUCAUGGGAGAGGAAGAAGUUGCUUUCAAAAUGAUCCGCACCAAUGUUUCUCAUGUAGUUGGCCAGCUUGAUGAUAUUCGAAAAAAUCCCAGAAAAUUUGUUUGUCUAAAUGACAACAUUGAUCACAGUCAUAAAGAUGCUCAGACUGUAAAGGCAGUGCUAAGGGAUUUUUAUGAAUCAAUGUUUCCCAUCCCAUCCCAAUUUGAGCUACCAAGAGAGUAUCGAAACCGCUUUCUUCAUGUGCACGAGCUUCAGGAAUGGAGGGCUUACAGAGACAAGCUGAAAUUCUGGACACAUUGCGUUCUAGUGACACUGAUUGUGUUCACAGUCACAUCAUUUUUUGCGGAGCAGCUAAUCACUCUCAAACGAAAAUUUUUUCCAAGGAGGAGGAUUCAAAAAGAAGUUUGUCAUGAACGAUUGAAGGUGUAGAAGAAUUUUGAUCAUGAAUCAGUCUACCUCAACAUGUGAUGAACAUGUGAAAUGUUUUGUUUCAGAAGUGUCUUGAUUGUCAUGUCCUGGGUGUGAACAAAACCGCCCAUGUCAUUAUAGCCUUUGUAACACUGUGUAUUACACCCCUGCUACUGAGCUUACAGAGAGUGUGAGGACAGUGUGGAAAGGGUGUGUUGCCAGCUCCCAAGUGGUUCUCAAGCAUUAUGUCCUGAGCACAUUAUCCUUUUUAUAAAAAGGGUUACUGAAAGAAACAUAGCUGCAUUUAUUGCAGUACGCAUUGCAAACAAAGAAUAAUGUUGGACAGUUAAGUUCAGCCUCUGGUAAAGUGUGUUUCUGAUGUUGCAUCCCAAAGCAUUCUGUAAGUUACUGACCAUUCAAAUCAAUAUCUUGCCUCCCUCCCACCUUUAGAAGAACAAUCUGCUUUAGUCACAACCUACAUGCAUUGAGAGCAGGAUUCAGAAUGGUUGUUGUAGGAAGUCCUUUGGAAUUAUUUCCUCCCAUCAUUCCACUGCUGUUCAUGGGACGGCAUUACUAUGUCAGGUACUUCGCAUUGGCAACCAAACAAGUCAUGUCACCAGGAGAGUUUCCCCAGCUUACCUAACAUAUCUGGUGGCAGCUCUUUCUUCUUCGUGUUCCUGGCCUACAAACUGUUACCAGGAAAAACAGGGGAAGAGCCAUGCAUAGCAGCAGCAACUUGACUUGGGCAGCAGAUAGUCCUAAUGUAUGUUUUUAAGAGCAGCUUUGUACCCUAUUCUUCGAGCACAAAGGACAUGAUUCUAACGUGUCCCCCCCCAAUAUGAGUGCCACCUACAUUAAGUUGUGUGUAUAUAUAAUUUAAAUAUAGAAAGAAUUAUUACUGCAGAGUGUCCUCUGAAGAACUGAAGUCCUAAUGCCCUAUUUGCUUAUUCAGUAAUGAAACUGAUAUCUAGAGAAAUUGAAUUCCAGUCUGUGAUGCCAGAGUGUCAUUUCUCUAUUGAACAAAAUGUAAAUUAGUUUAAUAUUUGGAUGCCUAAGUAAAAGUCAGGGGUAUAAUCAGGUAAAGAAAUUGUAAUGUAACUAUGAUUUUUACAAGCAUUGUGUAUUAGGCAGCAAAAGUGCCUCACCAUUAUAACUUGUCAAUAUGUGUACUGUUUUACUGGUACUGAUGUAUUAUAUGCAGUAAUUUCUCAUAUCAAGCAUUUUCUAAAAUUGGCUGUUUGCCCUAUUUUGUCAAGAGGGAUACCCACAGGAAAACUUCAAGCAGAUAUUUUUUGAAAGAACACCUUCAAUCAUGAUAUUAACAA